ACAUUUAUUGGAGUGUCUUGACUAUACAAACUAAAUGCAGAAAGCCUCAAGAACAGCAUGAACAAAUAUCUUCAUUAUUUAUUAACUGCGAGGAGCUCAGAGCGUGGUUAUGAUCCAUAUAAUCCUGAGCUUCCUAAACCUUUGACCCAGGGAGAGAAUGGUGCUUUGAGUGACAUUACAGAAUCUACCCCUAGCAUUCUGCAGUUGGAGCUGGUUAACAAGGCCAUUGAGGCGGUCAAAAAUGAAGUUGAGAGAGAACAGAAAAAGUAUGAGGAACUACUAGAGACGACAAAAGAAUACAGCACAUCUGAGGCCUCUUCGCUUAUUCCCCAAACACCCGUGUCGUCUGCUGUGACAAAAACAGAUUCCUUUACCUCCUUAGAGUAUAACCCAGGUAGCUAUAAUUUGAAUAAUAACACGGACUACAACCCUACCCCUUUGACUGCUGCUUGUCGAUCAAGUAAAUACACCUUGGAUAUGACAAAAUCCAAAGGUAGCUCACUGGAAUAUGUUCCCAAGGCUGUAGCUCAGACUAAAAAAUAUAAUAAUGCUGUUUCUAACAAUAAGUAUGUGAUUGAUGACUCUAAGCCUAGUACAGACUUGGAAUAUGACCCUCUUUCCAAUUACUCAGCGAGACUUUUGAGCAAAGCCAGCACAAAGGAACAGAAGGGGACCAAAAGAAGUAGGAUCUCUAAUCAUGAAGAAUCUUAUUCUCCUUCCUGCAAGAAGUUUUGUAAUGUAUCUGAUGACUAUGAAACGGAUGCCAGGUUUUCGGACUCUGAAGAUGAUGCUGACUUGGAAUAUCGGCCAACCUCUAGUCGUUCACAAACUAAAGUCAGUUCUGAAAGCAAAUCAAAUGAUGACUUAUCCAGCAAAGAGAAGAGUACCAAACUGGAAGACCUAAGUUCCCGGGAGAUGAAAGAAAUGGCUGUGCAGUAUGACAUGGAAGAUAUUGAAAGUUCAAAGAAAAAUCUGGUUAAACAGUUGUCAGAAAAGUCUACAAAAGUAGUGAAGGUCGAGUCUGGCACAAAAGAACAGAACGUUCAGGACAAAAACAAGGAGAUAUCAAAAGACAAAACAAAAAAGAAAAAAACAGAUUUCAAUAAGCCUUCCAGCCAGAAGGAGGUAGGUAAGAAAGACAAAAGUAAAAAUGCUGAGAAGGAGAGAAUAGUCAAGAAAGAAGAAACAAUAAAAACUAAAAGUGAAGAGAAAAGUAUCAAAGCUAAAACUGAUGGGAAUUUGAAAAAACCUGAAAAAAAAUUGGAAAAGGUAGCUAAGAAAGAGAAGUCAAAGUCCACUGACUGUUUGGCUAGUUUGGGAAAAAGCAAGAAAGAAGGCCUCAACAAAAGUUCUAGCACAGAGAAGUUGGGAAGUGGAAAGAAGGACUCCAAGGUAAAAUCAGCUGAUUUGAAGAAUGGCAAACAAACAUCUAGUGGCAAACACAAAGGGGGCAAAACUUCAUCUGAGAAACUGAAAGAGAAAGGGAGCUCUGGAGAAGUUAGGAACUCCAAGAAGAAACCAAAGCAGGGGACAUUGAGUCAUGUUGACCUAUUUGGAGAUGAGAGUGGGGAGGAGGAUGACAAGAAGCGAAAACGGGGGGCAGCCAGCUGUCCUAAUGUGAGCUCGGACUCUGAUGUAGAUGACUGUAGCUUUGGCUCCCAGAGUGGUGAUGAAGGGACAAAGAAUGUUAAAUGUCCCAAGCUGUCAAGGUCGUCUUCCUCCUCUUCGACUUCUGAUAUUGAUUAUUCCAUCCUGGAGCGAGACUUGGAUUAUGAUUCUGACCCCAUGGAAGAGUGCCUCAGGAUUUUUAAUGAAUCCACAGAUGUGAAAACAGAAGACAAGGGAAGACUAGGGAAGCAGCCAUCCAAAGAAGAGGGAAGUGAAGAAAAGACAGAGGAUACUUUAACUACUCUAUAUCCUGGCCAAAAAAGAAGGAUCUCCCAUCUUACAAAGCAAGGAAAUGCAGAUGUCACAAGCAAGCCCGUAAUCCGGCCAUACCGCCCACCAACUGCCCAGGAGGUUUGUUACCAGAGGAUUCAGCUGGCACAGCAGCAGGCAGCACAGCUGGCUGUGGUAGUUCAAAAGGCCUCUCUUUCUUUGCCAGGAGAAAAGAGGAGGAUUGCUCACGUGCCAAAUGCAGCCCUUACCACAGCAGCAAAACAGACUCUUGCAUGUAAGAAAAUUACUCCAGUUGGCAGCGUUCCACUUCCCACCAACUCUGAGACUUCUGUUCUUGCUCUGAAGGCCCGUACACUAGCUGGGAUGGCAUCUAAGACCAGUAGCACUAACAAACCAAAAAGGAUAGCUCAUGCUCCUUCUCUACAGAGCACUACCUUAAAGAGGCCAGUUAUUCCCACAGAGUUUGGUGCCAAAGUCCCAACCAACAUUCGCCAAAGGUAUCUCAAUCUCUUCAUUGAUGAGUGCCUGAAGUUCUGCUCUUCUGCACAGGAGGCGUUUGACAAGGCUCUGUCUGAGGAGAAGGUGGCUUAUGAGCGCAGUACCAGUCGGAACAUCUACCUGAAUGUAGCAGUGAAUACGUUAAAGAAGCUCAGAAGCCUAGCACCCAAUUCCCCAUCUAGCGUAAACAAGGCAAGUAACAAGAAAGUGGUGUCCCACGAAGCCGUACUAGGAGGGAAACUUGCUGCUAAGACCAGCUUUACGCUAAAUCGGUCGGGGAGCUUGCGGGCAGAGGAUUUAACAGGAUCUGCCUUGUACAGAAGACUGAAGGAAUAUCUUCUGACAGAGGAGCAGUUGAAAGAAAAUGGGUACCCAAUGCCACAUCCAGAGAAGACGGGCCGUGCUAUUGUUUACACUGCAGAGGAGAAGAAAACAACUGACUCUUCAUGCAGGAUAUGUUGCCGCUGUGGUACCGAAUACAUGGUCUCCGCAUCAGGGAACUGCAUUCGCAAAGAGGAGUGUCUCCAUCACUGGGGAAGGUUACGCAAGCAGAAAGUGCCAGGUGGAUGGGAGACUCAUUAUAGCUGUUGUUCAGGAGCUGUGGGUUCACCGGGAUGCCAGGUUGCUAAACAACAUGUCCAGGAUGGGCGGAAGGAGAGCCUUGACGGUUUUGUGAAGACUUUUGAGAAGUUGCCUACCACUGAUGGCUAUCCAGGAAUCUUUGCGUUAGACUGUGAAAUGUGUUACACCAAGCAAGGGCUGGAGUUGACGAGAAUAACUGUGAUCAACUCUGACCUGAAAGUGGUCUAUGACACCUUUGUCAAACCUGACAACAAAGUGGUGGACUACAACACCAGGUUUUCAGGUGUGACGGAAGAGGACCUGGCGAACACAAGCAUUACUCUUCGGGAUGUCCAGGCUGUUCUACUGAACAUGUUCAGUGCAGACACUAUUUUGAUAGGGCACAGCUUGGAAAGUGACUUAUUUGCACUAAAGUUUAUCCAUUGCACAGUGGUGGAUACAUCGGUCGUCUUUCCCCACCGACUGGGCAUGCCUUACAAACGAGCGCUUCGGACGCUGAUGGCAGACUACCUCAAGCGCAUCAUCCAGGACAAUGUGGAAGGGCACGACUCCAGUGAGGAUGCCAGAGCUUGCAUGGAGCUGAUGAUCUGGAAGAUCAAAGAAGAUGCGAAAGUGAAGCGAUGACUCGUGCUCUUUCUCUCUCCUGUUCCUCCUUCACCUCUUUGAAGCAGUGCAAUAAAUGCUCAGAGUAACACUGUUCACCUGUACCCAGCAGCAUGCAUAUCCCAGAUUCCCCUGUGCACUUGUAGGUAUCUAUGAAACUUAGAGACUGCUGCUGGCACAGUGGAAGGGCAUGGGGGGCACUGCUUGCAGGGUUCACAUGUCCAGGUAGUGGCUCUCUGAUCCUCUCGGCUUCACCAGAGGGAUGUUCUGUGAGGCAGUAGUUGCCUUGUGGGCACAGCAAGGCAGCUUUGAGUAGCAUAACUAGGAAGCCUCCUUAUUCCGUAGGAGAAGCUUUUAGAGGCCCAUUGGAUACAGCUGACAGUACCUUUCUGUGAUGUGUAGAUCACUUUUUCUUGUUUCUAACUUAUUUGGAGAGUUGCACAGCUUUUGCCUCCAAGUAUUGAGGCAAACAGUAGCUGGAGGAUGGGGAAACAGACCAAGGGAGGCUGUGAAACAGGUGAUGCUAUGUGAUCUGUGGAGAAGGUGGUGAAUGGAGAAUCAGGUCAGCCAGAGGGGGUCUAGAGCAAAGACCCACUGCAAAGGAGAACGCCAGCGUGGGAGGAGAUGCUGUCUCUGAAAGGCAGUGAAGUAGAACAGCUUGGCUCGGAGGAGGGAAGGGGGUUGGCUUUCCUUGAAUGGCGGUAGCCCCACAGAUCGUCCUAACAAAUGCAGGUCUCAGUGUGGAUCUCAGAUGGAUGACCAGCAAACUGGAAGGUGUAAAAGCCACAAGUGUCCACACUCCCCAGACAGCAAGGAGUCCAUGGCUGCUGGCUUUUACACAACCCAUUUUUGUGAUCAGCAGGAGGUGGAUAGGAUAGCAAGGAAAGAUUUGAGGCCAUGGUAUAGCGUAUGGCUGUCAAGGCAGGAGGCACUUGUUGAGGUGGGGUGCACUGUUAGGGGGCAGUUUGUAUUCUGUCAUUGAUGCCUUUGUGAUAUCUGGCAAACACCCCUUCUUUUACAUCCUCUGGGUGCCUUGGUAUGACGGUGUCAAUUGACCCCCUCUGCUCACCCCGCCCCCUCCGCAACAGUUUGCCAGAGUCUUGGUCAUGGUUGUGUGUCAGGAGUGAGGCUUGGGGGCUCAAAGGAAGAGCUGGAUGCUGCUAGGAUUGCUUGUUACUGAAUAUGCAAACAUCAGGGGCUCCCUGCAGACAGAUCUCUUCUGCGGGCGGUUUGUGCUGACUUUAGCAAGGUUAAAGCAAUAGGUGAAAAUAAUGUUUUUAUUAAAACUGGUUUACACAAAUUGGGUUUUUAAAUACCCACAGUUGUAUCUCUUCUCUAUCUGUCCCCCUUUGCAUAAACAUGUUUCUGUGAUGUCUCGGUAUAAAUAUUAUGCAGUUAUGAAUGAUGAUGCUAAGGCGGCAGUUCAGGUAAUAGAGGCUGUGGUGCUCCGACUUUUUUUGUGUAGCAUGUUGACGAUGCCCCUUUUUAGUUUUGUUUGUAUUGGGGAUCAACCAAGCCUGGGAGAAAGUCCUUGUCUCAACACCAAAUCUUUUUUGCUCCUAGCUGAGGUCGGAGCAGCAACAGAACCCAGAUGUCAUUGGGUUUUGGGAGGGCAGAAGAUAGCCUUAAUAGCAUCCCCUUGACUGGUGAAAUGACACCAAACAAUGGGAAGCUGCUUAUCCUACAUGUGUUUGGUUUGUUCCAGGCCUCUCCACUCCAGUGGGUGUACUGUAGGGCGAGGAACCCCUAUGUACAUGCCCAGGGCCUUUCCUCCAGUGCUGACCAAUUUGAGCCUUAACCUACGGUCCCAGCGAAGGUGGAGCAGGUCCGUGGUCAGGUGACAGCAUGGUACUGUGC